UGACUACCUAUUGAUGGGUGGUUUGUGAUUUAUUAGCGAUACUUGCGGAAUCCCGCAUGCAUACAGUGCUACCGUGUACACGUGUGGUCUUAUCGUUGAGGGGCAACAUGUAUGUGUAUCGAAGAAUGAAGUACCAGACCGCUAGUUUACCUAUUGUCAUCUAUUGAUAAACAGUGCUCUAUAUAAAUUUGCUGGUCUAUUUAACCUGACGUCAAAUUACGUUUUGUCAGAAUUGUAAACGUAUGGAUAGUGAGGCUUAGAAAGCUGAAUCUUUGUGUAAACUAAAAGCUGCAUGUGCUACAAAGCGGAAAUAAUAGCCGGCCGCUCCUCACAUGCAAGGUCAUGAUCAUAUAUAUGUACAGUGGAAAAGUACCAGCACACGCUAAGAUAUAAGGUUCCUCCUCCCGGCCUUAGCAUACAGUGAAAGGAUAGGCCAUUCUAAACCGAACCGAACACGUGCUCAGCAUACAGCCUUCAAAUAGAUCUGGUUAGAAGUGUCGCAGCUUGGACACCACGGGGUUUAUCAAUGAAUGGCCGACAAAAGUAAGGUGGCGAUGUUUGAGGAGGACACUGAGGAGAGUAGUGUGGAUUCCAGUAGUAAGGAUGAGGGCCGGGAGAGAGAUAUAUGGUCCAGGAAGAUAGAAUACAUCCUGUCUCUCAUUGGCUAUUCCGUUGGCCUUGGGAAUUUGUGGAGAUUUCCCUACCUUUGCAUAAGGAACGGCGGAGGUGCAUUUCUCAUCCCGUUUUUCUUCUUCCUGUUUUUGUGUGGAGUACCGUUAUAUUUCAUGGAAAUUUGUCUCGGGCAAUAUUCAGGAAAAAGUGCAUUGGUUGUGUGGAGCUCAAUCUCUCCCCUGUUUAGAGGUUUAGGGUUUCUGAUGAUAAUCAUAUCCGGUGUAGUGUCCUGGUAUUACAACCUGGUUAUCACUUGGGUUAUUUAUUAUCUGGUCCACGCCUUCUUCCCCCAUAUCCCAUGGGCUACAUGUGAUAAUGAUUGGAAUACCGACAAAUGUAUUGUGAGUCGUGCUGACCGCCUUCUUUUGACCAAUACAACAACGCAUGUCAACGUGACCGAUAUGAUAAAUGGGACUGAGAAGGUUAAUAGCUACAACAGCACAGCGGCCAGCAAUGGGACAGCUGAUAUAUUGUCCUACAACACAGCAGCGUUGGAAUUUUGGCAAUACAACGUUUUAAAGAAGUCUAGUGGAAUAGAGGAGCUCGGAGAAGUCCAAUGGCAUCUAGUCCUCUGCCUGUUUGGAGCCUGGUUGUUAACAUUCCUGUGUCUUAUUAAGGGGAUAUACUCCGUAGGAAAGGUCGUAUACGUCACUGUCCUGCUGCCGUAUCUCCUGUUGACGAUAUUCCUGAUAAGAGGUUUGACGUUAGACGGUUCCACUGAGGGGAUCAUGUUCUACCUACGAGCAGAUUUCUCUCGACUUCUGCAUUUCCAGGUUUGGCUUGAGGCAGCUGUCCAAGUCUUUUUCUCCCUAGGACCAGCCUGGGGUUCUCUUAUCACAAUGUCUAGCUACAGCAAAUUCAGAAGCAACUGUCUAAAAGAUGCAAUGUACGGGACACUUGCUGACGGACUGAGCAGUUUCUAUGCUGGCUUUGUCGUGUUUUCAAUCCUUGGAUUCAUGGCGCACGACGCAGGACUUACCAUGGAGGAGGUGGCUGAAGCUGGUCCCGGCCUCGUAUUUGUAGCCUACCCGGAAGCAAUCAUGAAGCUGCCUCUCCCACACCUGUGGGGUGUACUGUUCUUUUUGAUGCUGAUCACAGUAGGCAUAGACAGCCAGUUUGGCAUGUUCGAAACGGUAUCCAGUGGGCUCGUUGACUCCUUCCCAUCUGUCCUAAAGGAAAGGAAAGUCCAACUGACAGCAGCCCUCAGCGUUAUACUUUUUAUUCUGGGUCUGCCGUUUACAACGCAGGGAGGAAUUUAUAUAUUUCAACUCAUCGACUGGUACGCAUCAGCUCUGUGUAUUGUACUCGGAUCCUUCCUCGAGUGUAUAGUCAUCAGCUGGAUAUAUGGUGCUGAGAGGUUCAGUAGAGACAUCAUGAUGAUGCUCGGCCGACCUGUACCCAUGAUUCUAAGAGUAUGUUGGUGUAUCAUCACUCCUACGAUUUUAUUGACUGUGUUCCUUGGGAUCCUGACCCAGUACGGACCACCUAAUACGGCGCAGUACACCUAUCCAGAUUACGCGGCUGCCAUAGGGAAUAUUUUUGCUUUCAUUCCUUUACUUCCAAUCCCAAUAUUUGCCGUCGCUCAUUUGUGGAAGAAAAAAGGAUCAUUUGUUCAGCGAAUGAAACGUGCAAGCGAACCAGAUAGUGACUGGGGUCCGAUUGAAGGCAGAAACUUUCACAAAGAUUACCAAUAUGGUGACAACGUACCGAAAAACAUGCUCAUCAAUUUAGUUGGUGACAGGAAUGUAUAGAAUCUCUAACGUUGGAUGCAGGAGAUUGUUGUUAUGUCUUACCAUGAUAACAGUGAAAAUAUCCAUCUCGAGAAGAAAGUGGAAUCGGAUAUGUUUAUAUAUGAAGCGUAUGCUUACUUUGCGCAUGCAGUGUAUGACCCGAGAAAGUGUUGUCAAUAUUAAAACAUGGUAUACGUGUGAGGUACGUCGUUAGAAGUAGUACGCAAUAUAAGUUCAGAGAACAUCGUAGAAAAGUGCUUUCAGUUUUUGUUCAAAUUUACAAAAUUUGAUGUGUAAAUCCAGUAAAUGGUAAGAACGAUAAACUUCUUAUUUAAUUCAGAACUUAAACAGGUUAACAGGUCAGGACGUAAUUUGUACCUCGUAUUACUGUAAAGUAGACACAACACAACACCUAUUGUCUAUUGAGGAUUCCACAUCCAUAUUAAAAUUGAUAUGCUUAACCCUUUCAACCCUAUGUAACUUUAGUAGACUCUACCAUGCAUUGAUCUGGAUGAGU